AUGGGUAUUCCCAUUACUAUCCAAACACUUUUGGAUCGAGUCUCCAACUUCACUGGCUCUAGCAACGCAACAAUUCGAGUCCCCGCACAGGACCCUACUACAGACUUCAAGCAAGUGUUUUACCCUCCGAUCUGGAUGUCGUCACCAGAAAGUAGUUCAAACUCACUGAUUGGCGUUUUUUUCAACUGGCAGUCGAUUAAUCUGUCAGACGAGUUGCCACAUUCGCUCCCAUGGAUCUUGGCACAACCCAAGUCUUACGGGUCCCAUUUAUCCGUCCAAGCUUGUACGAUAUCGGCUUAUUGGAACACCGGAGAGUUGCAGAUGAUUCAAAAAUCGGGCGGGGCUGUUGUACAGACUGCGGAGUUACCCAUGUCAGAGCCACAUAACGCAAGGCCCAUAACCUUGGAUCUAACCGGCAUCGACAAGAUUCAAAGCCCUGAAUUCCUUCGCGACCUGUGGUCUACUGGCUCAAUCAAGUAUAACCUUGGGAUUAUUUUUGCCCUCGCGAUCGCCGAAAUACCUAACAACGAUUUCCAACCAUCGUCUGAAAUGCCACCUGAUUUCAAUGAACACAACAUGACUGUUUUCAAGUGCACUACCUUUAUUUACGGCUACGGAUACGGCAGCAGAUCGACUUCUAUCCGACUUGCGAUACUAGUCAUGAUCACAUACUGCGCGAUCGCUACCGCCUACAUUGGAUACAUUCUAGUCACCGGAUCUACAUCGACAGCAUGGAACUCCACCAUAGAACUAGUUGCUCUUGCACUGCAUUCAAAGAAACCAGAUUACCUUGGACAUAUUUCUGUAGGACUCGACUCGAUUAAGACGAUGAAAGAAGGUGUUGGAAUCCGUGUUAAUCAGGACAACGAGCUUGAACUGGUCUUCGCGCACGACCGCGACAUUGAAAAGCGGUAUCUAAAGAAAAUUCAGAGCAACAAAGAGUACUAG